CUCAAACAGACGGCGUGUUACCGCCUGGCCACUAAUACACACACACGCGUAAGUUAAAGUUACAGCAUGUUAGGUCUCCCAUAAUAUAGCAACUUUUCGUACCCUUUGACAGUCAAUGCGACGCAGUGAUCAUAAUUUAGUGAAGUUGAGAGAUUUUUCUGAUUGAGAUCGCGAGGUACCGUCUAUUUCGCAAAACGUAAAGAGAAAUGGAUGCGACAAGUAAGGACAUGACUCCAUCAGAUGGUGUUGGUGGUGACACGGAGAAGUCCGAUAUGAAGAAAGGAGGUUGCUGUUGGCUAGCAGACAGACUCCCGGCUCGGUACGUCCUGGCAGUCAUAUUUUUCUUUGCCCACAUCGCGAUGAUCACAUCCAGGGGCGGAUUUUCCUUAGCCAUUGUCGUCAUGGUGAACAGUUCAUCAGCAGUGACAGCUGCCAAUCAAACCGGAAACUACCAGCUCUGUCCGAGCAGUGGACCGACAAAUACCUCCGAACAGAACAGUCAAGGAGAACUGGACUGGAGUGAGAGCGUGAAGGGAGUUCUACUUGGUGCCUACUUUUAUGGCUACAUCAUCACACAGGUAGUAGGUGGUGUUCUGGAGCGCAAGCUGGGCGGUAAGAUAGUGUACGGGACAGGCAUGUUUGCCGGAGCGGUGCUGAACGUUCUCAGUCCCGUGGCCUCACGCGCGAGUCCCUGGGCGAUGUUUGCUGUCAGGUUCAGCCUAGGACUUGUGUCUGGAGUUCUGUUCCCCGCCUUCUACGGACUCUGGGGCCGAUGGGCUCCUGCUACCGAAAGGACGAAACUUCUGGCAUUUUGCUACAUAGGGUUGCCCCUUGGUAACGUCAUCAACUACCCGCUGUCGGCCUUCCUAGCUGCUGAGCUGGGCUGGGAGGCUAUCUUCUAUAUUCCCGAACAGAAAGAAAUGGCUGCAACAGGCAAGGACAUGACGGAUGUUGGUGGUGGCAAAACGGAGGCCACGUCCGACCGGGAAUCUAAGAAAGGAAGCUGCUGUUGGCUUGCAGACAGACUCCCGGCUCGGUACAUCCUGGCAGUCAUAUUUUUCUUUGCCCACAUCGCGAUGAUCACAUCCAGGGGCGGAUUUUCCAUAGCCAUUGUCGUCAUGGUGAACCGUUCAUCAGCAGUGACAGCUGCCAAUCAAACCGGGACUUACCAGUUCUGUCCGAGCAGUGGGCGGACAAAUACCUCCGAACAGAACAGUCAAGGAGAACUGGACUGGAGUGAGAGCGUGAAGGGAGUUCUACUCGGCGCCAACUUUUAUGGGUACAUCCUCACACAGGUGGUAGGUGGUGUUCUGGAGCGCAAGCUUGGCGGUAAGAUAGUGUACGGGACGGCCAUGUUUCUUGGAGCGGUGCUGAACGUUCUCAGUCCCGUGGCCUCACGCGCGAGUCCCUGGGCGAUGUUUGCUGUCAGGUUCAGCAUGGGACUGGUGUCUGGAGUUCUGUUCCCCACUUUCUACGCACUCUGGGGCCGAUGGGCUCCUGCUACCGAAAGGACGAAACUUCUGGCAUUUUGUUACAUAGGGUUGCCCCUUGGUACCGUCAUCAACUACCCGCUGUCGGCCUUCCUAGCUACCGAGCUGGGCUGGGAGGCUAUCUUCUAUAUUCCCGGGGCUUCCGUAGCAGUUUGGCUCGUAUUUUGGCUUCUCCUGGCUUAUGACUCGCCUGCGAAACAUCCACGAAUCUCAGAGGAAGAACAGAAAUACAUCGAAGGCAGCACCGGGCUUAGGGAACAACAGAAACCGGCAGUUCCUUGGCUGAAGCUGCUCACAUCGCCUGCCGUUUGGGCGCUCGUCAUUGGACAGUUCAGUUCGAACUGGGGAGUUUACUUCCUGACUACCCAACUGCCGAACUACAUGCAAACUGUGUUGGGAUUCAACAUCAGAGAGAACGGUCUGCUGUCUGCUCUUCCGUUCCUCCUUAGUAUGGUCUCCAUGAUGACGUCAAGCUUUGCAGCUGACCGCCUGAUUCAAAGCGGGAAGAUUCCCAAGGUGUGGAUAAGAAGGGGAUUCGUUAUCAUAGGGUUUGCUGGCAUGGCGACUUGCGGAGUGAUCCUGGCGAACCUGAGCGGAUGUGAUCCGGUCGCCUCUGUGGCCCUGCUGUGUACCACACAGUGCUUCAACGGGCUGACGGUGGCAGGGUUCCGCGCCGUCCAUGUGGAGUUCGCGCCCAGGUUCAGCGGCAUGACCUUCGCCCUGGCCAACAUGGGGGGAACUGUUGCCGGCAUCUUCGCUCCGCUGUUGGUCGGACUGAUCACGGAUAACGAUCCAACCCUCGCAGCCUGGUCCACAAUCUUCUACAUAGGAGCGGCUAUUCAGGGAGUGGGAGGGAUUUUUACGGCGGUGUUCAUCCGCACUGACGUCCAGCCCUGGGCUAGGGGAGGGAGUGGCCAAGACAUCGAUGAAAAGGAUCUCGUCAUCGCCAAUGAGUUUGCCGAGAUGCCGACGAAGCUCAAAGGCGGUGGAGAUUUAAUCUACUUGAAGUGGUCCAAAGGGUUUGCUGGCAUGGCGACUUGCGGAGUGAUCCUGGCGAACCUGAGCGGAUGUGAUCCGGUCGCCUCUGUGGCCCUGCUGUGUACCACACAGUGCUUCAACGGGCUGACGGUGGCAGGGUUCCGCGCCGUCCAUGUGGAGUUCGCGCCCAGGUUCAGCGGCAUGACCUUCGCCCUGGCCAACAUGGGGGGAACUGUUGCCGGCAUCUUCGCUCCGCUGUUGGUCGGGCUGAUCACGGAUAACGAUCCAACCCUCGCAGGCUGGUCCACAAUCUUCUACAUAGGAGCGGCUAUUCAGGGUGUGGGAGGGAUUUUUACGGCGGUGUUCAUGCGCACUGACGUCCAGCCAUGGGCUAGGGGAGGGAGUGGCCAAGACAUCGAUGAAAAGGAUCUCGUCAUCGCCAAUGAGUUUGCCGAGAUGCCGACGAAGGUUGUGGAGAUGCCGAACACGAAAUUAUGAGUAGUCUAGUCUAGCCUGACUAAAGUGUGCUCCCAGUCCACCCGACUGGCUGGAGAUAGACAAUUUGCCCCUGGCAGCGAGAAAUUGUGUAAAACAGGCUAAACAGUACACGUACCGUGAUUUGCCUACUCGCCUACUAUAAAGGGUCCUAUAAGGCAAUCGAUUCACAAAGUUGUGUUGGAUGAAAAGUUUAACUCGUGAUUUUACAUACCAUGACAGGUAAUAUUGCCUGAUGACUAUCACGCAUAUCAUAACAAUAGGAACAGUGAUUUAGAAUAUUGUUGCACCUAACAAUUAUGACAUUGCUCAACGGAUAUAAAUGAUGUUGUGUCCUUGGAUCUAAAUUCUAGUAAGCUACAAGACGGACCUGUCAUAGAUUGUAACAACAAGAUCUAUUGUUCACCCGAACAAAUUUGACAAGAAGACAGUUUGAUGUCAGGAAAUUGGAAUAAACUUCUAAUGGUUGUGGC